AUGGCUGAUUUGCAACAAUCUGGAACUUCUACUCCAAAUUUUGCAAGCCUGUCUCUAAACUUGAUAGAUGGCACCAAAAUACCUUGCUUAGGAAUGGGCACGUCAAAAGUAUAUUGGACUGAAAUUCAAGCUAACUAUUACAUCGGCAAAGCCCUAGAUAAUGGAUAUCGUCACUUCAACUUGGACGGAAACAAACCUCACAUCGCUGAAGCGCUCAAAAAACAACUCAAGAGAUAUGAUAUAAUGCGAGAUGAAGUUACGAUAUCAUCCGUAGUCAAAAUGAUACCAAGAAAAUGCAGCUACAGAUCGUACAGCAGCGCAUUAGACCAAAUAGAAGCUGAUUUAGACCGUUUGGGGAUGUACUACAUCGAUUUGAUGUUGGUGGACAUUUCGAGCAAAACUAAUAAUGAUAAAUUGGACACGUGGUGGGUUGCUGAAACAAUUAAGGACUUCGGCUACACGAGGAGUCUAGGCAGUUACAAUUUUUCAGUAGACGAUAUUCACCGGCUUAGAUACAGAAAUAUUAAAUGUCUUCCAACCGUAAAUCAGAUACAGUUUAAUCCGAUAUCCGGACAUCGUAUAAUGGAUGUCAUGGAUUAUUGCAACGCAUUGGGAAUCAAAACGCAAGCGACCAACUUGUUCGCGUCUGAUUUAAGUGGUAGUUUGCUGAAUCAUUUUGAAAUUAAACAUAUCGCGAUCUGCCGUAAGGUAGCUCCAUCGCAGAUCGUAAACCCUCGAACCAUGAGUGAACAGUUGAAGAACGUUUCCGCUAUGAACAAGCUGUACAUCGGCAACUUGCCGAUGGAGGCGGACGAAGCGGCUGUACGGCAGCUGUUCGCGGAACACAAUCUGACGGUCGCUGAUAUUUCGGUAAAACGUGGCGGCUACGCCUUCGUGGACUUCCCUGAUCAGUCUGCGGCCGACCGGGCCAUUGAUAAACUUCACGGAUAUUCAUACUGUGGCCUCCCCCUGAUUGUUGAGCCAUCCGUUGCUAACAAGAAAAUAAUGAACGCCCCCAACUUGCAAAGUGCCAGUGCAACUCAACUGAAGGAGACCAGCACCGACUCUUCGACAGCCGGAGGCGGUGGCCCAGGCGGCUGGCGUGUGCUCUGGCCACGUGCGGCCCGUUGCCAGGCUACGCGCGGUGCGAGCGGGGGGCCGCAUUCCCACGCCCGACGCCGCCCCCCACACCCCCUCACCUCGCUCGGCGAUCGCGCGCGGUUUGCCGACUGCCGGCAAACGGCAGUCAGUACGAGUGAUCGCACUGCGAGCUUACGAUAUCACCACUCGGCCGCACCCGUAGCCGGCGCGCGCUUUUCGCGGUCCUUAACCCGAGUUCCGACUAACCGAACCCCCCGAAAAUGGAUGGUGACACGUCCCAGAGCCCCUCGGGCGACGCAUCCCCCACCUACGAGGACAGGUGAGCGCUUUCAGCCCGGCGUCCACAUUCCGCGCGAGCAUUCCCACGAAACAGAAAAUUACGUCAUUGGGGACGCUAUCGCGGCGCUAACUUUAUCGGGCCACGGCGAGGUGGAGGUGCACAACCACCACCCAGCUUUAAGCUGUACGCGCGCACCAUUGGUGACGCCACCUGUGACAGAAGUUAUUCGCUAA